AUGGAGUUCAACAAUCAAUCCCUGCAAUUCAAUGCUGCUCCUACUGCUUCUCCCUUCAUGCCGCUGCAGCACAACUUCAUGCAAAUGCAAGUGCCUCCCCGCUUAUUGCCUCAGAUUAAGCAACACCAGCUGCCACUAGCAAGGAUCAAGAGGGUUAUGAAAGCCGAUGAGGAUGUGAAGAUGAUAAGUGCAGACACUCCAGUCCUGUUUGCAAAAGCUUGUGAGCUUUUUAUUCUGGAACUUACACUACGAUCAUGGUUCCGGGCUGAAGAUGGUAAGCGGCGAGUCCUGCAGAGGUCUGACAUUGCACAUGCUGUUACUCAUUCUGAGGUUCUUGAUUUCUUGCUCGAUAUUGUCCCAACAGAAGAAGCUGAAGCUAAGUUAAUUGAAUAA